AUGAGUAAAUACGUCUAUCGGUCGCCGUUAAAUGACGCUAUUUGUGCUCCUGAAAGGGAGCAAAAGUGCCCAUGGAAUCCGAAGGUUGACAGAUCGACCUCAAUUCAUACAAAGGUCGAUUGGAAAGCACCUAAGCCAAAAAUCUUGCCGAAUGCGUUGCAUGCAAUUGGUAAUACUCCAUUGAUCAAGCUCAACAGAAUACCUCAGCAAGAAGGAUUGGAAUGUGAUAUAUAUGUAAAAUGUGAGUUCUUCAAUCCUGGUGGAUCCGUAAAGGACCGCAUGGCAAACAGAAUACUAACAGAUGCUGAGAACGAAGGCAUCCUAAAACCAGGUUGUACCAUUAUAGAGCCAUCUUCCGGAAACACUGGCAUUGGUUUGGCUAUGGCAGCUGCUAUUAAAGGUUAUCGUUGUAUAAUUGUAAUGUCAGAAAAAAUAUCAAAAGAGAAAGAAUACGUAAUGAGAGCCCUUGGAGCUGAAGUCAUCAGAUGCCCUGUCACAGCUAAUUCAUUUUCUCCAUAUGGAAUGUUUGGAACCGUACAUCGUUUAUCGAAAGAGAUUCCUAACAGCGUUAUUUUUGAUCAGUUCUCGAAUCCCGGCAAUCCACUAACUCACUAUGAUACCACAGCAGAAGAAAUUUAUGAUCAAUGCGACAAGCAAGUAGAUAUGAUAAUAAUGGGAGCAGGAACAGGUGGUACCGUUACGGGUAUAGGAAGGAAAUUCAAAGAAAUCUCUCCCAAAACCGAAAUCGUUUGUGCAGAUCCAUUUGGAUCAUCCUUUGCUUUACCAGAAGCCAUUAAUAAAACCGACGUCACUUUCUGGGAAAUAGAAGGAAUGGGUUACGAUUUCAUUCCCUCAACUUUGGACCGCAAAGUCAUUGACACUUGGAUUAAAGUAGGAGAUGAGAAUGCCUUGCCAAUGGCAAGAAGGUUGAUUAAGGAUGAAGGACUUUUAAUUGGGGCUAGCAGUGGAGCUAUGAUGUGGGCUGCUGUUCAAGCAGCAAAAGCCAAAAACUUUGGUCGCGGUAAAAAAGUUGUAGUUGUUUUGCCAGAUAGUAUUAGAAACUAUUUAACAAAGUUUGUGUGCGACCAAUGGAUGGAAGAACGAAAUCUACAACCUGCUGUAAACAUUAAUAACCAUCCUUGGUGGGAUUUAAAUGUCUCCCAGUUAGGUCUUCCAGCACUACAAACGGUUCCAGUAAACUCUACUUUUGAACAGGCUUUGAACCUAAUGAAGAAACUUGGUCUUAGUCAGAUACCAGCAUUGGAUGGUCAAGGGGGUGUUGUUGGAGUAGUUUCUAUGCAACUAAUCAUUAACAAGCUCACAUCUGGUAAUGCUAAGCUUAGUGAUCCAAUAGCAGAUGCUCUCGACCGACUUUAUCCCAGACUAGAAAAAUCUGCCAACAUUGGACUUGUCUCAAGAGUAUUGGAACGAGAACCAUAUCUGAUAAUUUUGGAUACUCAAGGUAAAGGACCUUCCAAAAUCAACAAACCAGUAGGUGUCGUAACUCCAUUAGAUUUUCUACAGUUCAUACAGAAACAAAAUUAA